GGCGAAAUGAAAACACAUGUCAAAACAGAGCGGGAAGACAAGGAAAAGAAGUCAGCACUUACUGUAAAAUCUAAAUGUCUCACUUCAGGCAUGAUCAUUUAACAAUGCUUCAUUCAGUUUCGUUUGUGUUUUAAGCUUUUAUAACUGGAAGAUCUGGCCGUUUCUCCGCAGUGAACAAUGAUGAAGAGAAAGAUUCUUCGGUUCACUUCACGGUUGAUCACCUUUAAUGAAGGUGGACGAUAUAGCAGUGGAAAUUUAUUUAUUCGCUUUAAGUGGACUCCUGCACACCGUAAAAAUUAUGAGGCCUUAAAAAGAUGGAAGGAAGAGAACACCAAAUUGUUUGGACCUAUUUUGAAGAGCAAUACCAUUAAACCUUUGGGUAAAAAGUCGAAGAGAAAAUCUGUAAAAUUUGAGGUUGGAGAAGAUUUGGAUGCCUGGUUCAAUGAGCGAUACAAUUCAGUACGCAAUCCGUCCCAAAGAGGUGAUGAUCAUGCGAGUACCAAUGAUGAGGUGCAUUUAAGUCACAGAAGAAUUGGGACUGUGGUGGAGAGAUUAAAUAACCCAGUAGACACUUGUUCGGAAAACAGCAUAUCUACAGACUCCUCAAUCCAUACAACACAUAGCGUAUCCAAAGCUGAGAGUGAGCAGCUAAAAGACAUUUUGCGUUGUAAGCUUUCAGCUGAGGAUGGACCUUAUGUUGAAGAACUGAAGUCUUGUAUCCAACAGAAAAAACUGCCCACCUUGCCAACUGUUACCAGCAUUUUGGCUAAAACGCGUUCUCAGGAAAGUCAGUUUUUCCUUGACCGAUGGAAGGCUCAGAUGAUAGCUGAGCUUGGUGAAGAAGGCUUUCAAAAAUUCCAACAAGAAACGUUAAAGAAGGGUGUAAACCUGCAUGUCUGUAUCCAGCAGUCAUUAGCAGGUGUGAGCCCUGUGCAGGUUCAAACUUGGAACCGGGGCUUCUGGGACAGUAUCCAGCAAGAGCUUGCCAGAGUGUCAGAGGUGCAGGCACUGGAGACAAGAGUUGUCCACCCUUACCUGCAGUACUCCGGCACAUUUGACUGUGUUGCCACAUACAGGGAUACUAUCUGUCUGAUCGACUGGAAAACUUCAAAGAAGCCCAAGCCUUACCUGUCUAGCACCUUUGAUUACCCUCUGCAGGUGUGUGCUUACAUAGGGGCUUAUAAUGCCGAUCCUGCUAAUACAAUGAAGAUCCAAAAUGGUCUAGUUGUUGUAGCCUAUGAUGAUGGAAAUCCCGCGCAUGCCCACCUGAUGACACCUGAUCAGUGUGAUUAUUACUGGAGACAGUGGCUGGUUAGACUACAUCAGUACUGGAGCUCUGUUCUGUAUCCUCAACCUGUCCACAGUAAAGAAAACCAGUCAUCACUCACCUGAUGACACCUGAUCAGUGUGAUUAUUACUGGAGACAGUGGCUAGUUAGACUACAUCAGUACUGGCGCUCUGUUCUGUAUCCUCAACCUGUCCACAGUAAAGAAAACCAGUCCUCACUCACCUGAUGACAGCAGAUCAGUGUGAUUAUUACUGGAGACAGUGGCUAGUUAGAUUACAUCAGUACUGGAGCUCUGUUCUGUAUCCUCAACCUGUCCACAGUAAAGAAAACCAGUCAUCACUCACCUGAUGACACCUGAUCAGUGUGAUUAUUACUGGAGACAGUGGCUAGUUAGACUACAUCAGUACUGGCGCUCUGUUCUGUAUCCUCAACCUGUCCACAGUAAAGAAAACCAGUCCUCACUCACCUGAUGACACCUGAUCAGUGUGAUUAUUACUGGAGACAGUGACUAGUUAGACUACAUCAGUACUGGUGCUCUGUUCUGUAUUCUCAACAUGUCCUCAGCACAGAA